GCUUUGGAUCACUAGCGUAGUUUCAUUCACUCAGAGUCACAUCUUUGGUCGAAAUAUGGCUGGUGUUAGGUUGGUUUGGCAAUGUAUGUUUACGCCCAAGUUAUACAAAGUAUACAGUGACGCCGCAGUGUACGAACCCGGCCAACUAGAAAAAUUUGGUGACCAAGUCAUUAACUCGUUAUAUCUAGCUUGGAACUUUGGGAUUUAUACAUCACCAAUUGUAGCUGCAAUAUUGCACAGGAAAGGCUUAUUUGUUGUUGAUGGAGUGCUCACAAUAGCCAAGUUUAUUACUGGUCUUGGACUCGUACUAGUUGCAUCUUACUUCAUUCGAGGUAUUGGCAGGGCCAAUAAUCAGCAGUACAUAAGAUUUGUGAGGGCCUUAAAUGCAGCAAAAAAUGAUUACAACAAAGACACAAAGAAAGCUUUAUCAGCAUAUGACUUCGAUUUCUAUGCAUGCCCAGUUGACUUCCGAUGGACUGAAGUUGUUGGGGAGGAGAAGAAAUUCAGGAUGUACGCUGACAGACCAUCGGUUCGAGGUUCAGCAGUUGAGAACGUAUUUGCUAUACCUUGUCACAUUCUCACUUACAUCAUUGCUCACACAUUUGGAGUGAAGUUAAUGUAUCCUGGAUCUAUGAAGAUGAUGCAGUACAUGCUGUUCCCAAUGCUACUACAAGGUAGAACAAAGUUGAUCACUGAACACAAUGGUCAACGAUAUAAGCUGAAAUCAAGGGAUGGAAAUGAAAUUGACACCAUGUUUGUAGACAAUAGAAACAAACAUGAAAAUGGUAGUGUCUUAAUCCUCUGUUCAGAAGGAAAUGCCGGAUUUUAUGAAAUUGGGAUUAUGACCACUCCAAUAGAGGCAGGUUAUUCUGUACUGGGAUGGAACCAUCCAGGUUUUGCUGGCAGCACAGGAGCACCUUAUCCACCUCAAGAACUUCAUGCAGUUGACAUUGUAAUGCAGUUUGCACUUCACAAGCUCGGGUUCAUGCCAGAAAAUAUAGUACUUUUUGGCUGGAGUAUUGGAGGAUAUGCAACAACAUGGGCAGCAAUGAACUAUCCCGAUGUGAAAGGAGUGAUACUGGAUGCUACAUUUGAUGAUGUUAUGACAUUAGCUGUCACGCGAAUGCCACAAUUGCUGGAGCCUAUUAUAAGACAAACUAUACGCAACCAUUUGAAUCUUAAUAAUUACCAGCAGCUGGCUAGGUAUCCUGGGGCAGUGUUAAUCAUUAGGAGAACUGAAGAUGAAGUAAUUUGUACAGAGGACAUGAAUCUUGCUUCAAAUAGAGGUAAUCACCUGUUACUGAAAUUAUUGAAACACAGGUAUCCAUUGAUUGUAGACAAUGAAACAGUACCAACUUUAAUUGAAUGGCUUAGUGCUGACAGUACUCAGCAAUCUCAGUUGUGGAACAAACAUGCCGUCGAUGAGAGUCUCUGCACUUCAGUAUUACUUUCUUACAUAGCAGAGAGCUCUACUUCAUAUCCAAUGCUUCUUGGUGAAGAGUUUGCAAAGGACCUGAAAAUACAAAUGACAUUGUUUCUUGCAUCGAAGUACAUGAUAGACUUCAGAUCAAGUCAUUGCACACAGCUGCCUACAAAUUUAUUCAGAAUGCCUUGGGAUCUCUCUCCGGAAUCUGAUUAUGUAAAAAUAUGAAGAAGCAGUAAUUAUGGAGAUACGAUUAAGAAAAUAAGUGAUACACUGUUUAUGGAUGUAUACUGCAUAAGAUUUUACAUUGUAGUGCUUUUAUUGUGUAUCUAUGUAUAUAGUCAGAAUGGUACCAUGCAUUCCAUUUCAUUUUUCUUUGUAUAUUUAUUUUCAUUGACUCAUCAUUAUAUAGAGCUUACAACUGGUAA